AGUAAAAUUAUUACCUUAUCAGCUUUGCAUCGAAGCUAAAAUGUAUUAGAAAAAGUUUUCAUUUAUAUGCUAUAAUUUUGGAAAAUAACUUACUUUAUUCCCUCCAUUUACAUAAUUCGUACAUUACAUUAUUCACUAGUGUAAGAAGGCCGUUACAGCCUUCUUAUUAUACUUCAUAUGGUCUUGAAACUCUUACUGUAGUCUAGCUAGAUUUAUUUGAAUCGCUUUCUUGAUUAGUACAAAAUCGAAUACUGAACACGCACGCUGCUUUCAGUCUUGAGCUGAUGGAGUUAAGAAGUGUGUUGUCUGUUAUCACUUUAGCCUGUGCAUCAGUAGCAGUAAAUGCGAAGAAGAGCAAGAUUUUAGGAACAGAAGAUCUUAUAGAAAAUCAUGGACAUCGACAUUUUAGCCGACAUACAAUUCCUACUGAUGAUAGGUACUUGAUAGAUAUGUUUCGUAUUAAAGGACAUGGUGGUCCCCCGUUUUUACUUUUACAUGCUCUUAUGGGAGCAUCUGAUCAAUGGUUUUUAAGAGAUCGGCAACACGAUUUACCCUCAAUUCUAGUUAACAGUGGAUACGAUGUUUGGUUGGGUGAUUUUAGAGGUAAUAUUUAUUCCAGAAAACAUGAAAGUCUUAAUGUAUCUAGUGCCGAGUAUUGGAAAUUCAGUAUUGAUGAAUGGAUUUAUUACGACUUACCAGCUAUGAUUGAUUAUGUUUGCAAGGAAUCUGGUUACGAUAAAAUAUACAUAGUCACUUAUUCUUUGAGCAGUGCUGUCUUCUUUUCGACAGUAGCUCUAAGACCCGAAUAUAAUGAAAAAGUUAUAGUUAGCUAUCAUUUGGCUCCAUUUGUAGCAUUUUCCAAUGUUAAAUCGGUGCUAUUACGCCUAGGAAUUCAGUUUGGGCCUCAAUACUUGACAGUAGCCAGAGGUCUUAAUAUCCAUGAAUUAUUUCCACGCAAUGAAAGGGAAGUAGAAAUGUAUUCGUCACUUUGUAGUAAAAAUUCAACAUUUUUGAAGUCGUGUACUGCAAUUGUGUCGGACUUUUUUGGAUUGGAUACGUCUGGUAACUCUACAAAAGAUCUGGAUUUUAAACUAGCUUACUCGAGAGCUGGAGUAUCACUCAAUAGUAUAGAUCAUUUACUUCAAAUGUUAAGAACUAAAAAAAUGCAACAUUAUGAUUUAGGAUUCUUUAGAAAUUGGAAAACAUACGGACAAUACAGACCACCAGAGUACGAUUUAAGAAAAGUAACGUCGCCCAGUGUUUUAUUUCAUAGUUACAAUGAUAGAAUUGUUGAUAAACGAACAAUAGAUAAACUGGCUGUUUUAUUACCAAAUGUACAUCAAACUUUCAAUAUAAAGGAUCGCCAUUUUGGUCAUGUUGAUUAUGCAUUCAAUAAGAAAGCAAAACACCUGGUGUUCGAUAAUAUUAUUGAAAACGCUAAGCAAUUUCGAAGCUAGCAGUAUAUUUGAAAAUUAUUUUUCGUGAUUGGAAUAUUCCUACUAAAUUAUAAUUUGUACCUGCCAAAUUUAACUUUUCUACAAUUACUAACUUAGAAAAACGUGUUGUUAUAACGGAUUUUUUUUUAUAUAAUGUAUUUAUUUGUUAAGAAAACUAAAAACCUCAGACUUAAAUAUUUUUAAGACUAUAACAUAUUUUUUUAUUACGACUGGUAUUCACAAAUUUCAUAUUAAUGGGAUACUUUAGAAAUUUUGCUUUUGAGGAAAAAUAUUUUCUUUUUAACAUUUUAAAUUUGUUGUAGACCUUUUUUAGAGUUAUAAUAGGAAAAAAUGAGGAAUUAAUCUUCAUC